AUGAAGAUUUACCACAAACAUCCAUCAACUGAAAGUCAACUUGCGGCCGCUGGAGGAGGUUCGUUGACACCCGGGAAUCUUCGAGUAAUCGCAAUUGAUUACCUGGUCUUCAACCGCACUGCCACCAACCAGAUCACUCAUGCCAUACCAUCGGCUUUGAAGGGCAGUCCCGCGGCGUCAUCAAAAGAGUGGGAGAAGAUUACUCCGACAUUUGAUACUGUUUGGAAGGCGGCCUUGAAGGUGUGGUCCUGGCCAAAUGUUCAGCAGUGCAUCAUUACGUUGCUGCGUGAUCGUCGGCCCCUCGUGGCCGAUCACCUAGUCAAUUUCCAAGAAAAAGGACUGCUCAAAUGGCAGUGCAUCCUUGCAAACCACUUGACUUACGGUGCCAACAAGAACCAUUUUGUUCAUUCCGACAAGGAUUUUACCCCCUUCGUUGCUGCGGUCAUCAAGAAGCCGGCUGCAAAGGUGACUAUCAAACUGGUCAUGGAUGACCCGGCGAGGUCGGCUAAGAAGAGGCAGGCGGAACAAUCUCAGGAUAACAGCCUGGCUAUGUCCUAUGCGCUGAACGAUGAACGCGUGGCCUUACAACGCUUGCAAACCCGGGUGGUUCUUAACCUUAAAUGUGACCAAGACUCAGCGGCUCGGACUCGCUUCGUGGUGGAGAUUACCAAUCACAUCACCUCCACGUACGGAUGCGACAGCGAGUCACUUCACAUUAAGGACCCCGACGAUCCGGCGUGCUUGAUGCGAGUCACACGUGAUGGCCUAUUCGUCUGGAGCCGCGCUUUGGUUCACGGGGCGCAAGGCGUAACCAUCGAGGUCCCCCCGGCUACCAAGGAGUUUGUGUCCGAGCCAAUUCAGAUAUACACCCUCGCUGAACAGAGGCCCCUCGACGGCCGCCAGGGUGGGAAAUCCCUUUCAGCCAAGCCUGGCGCAUGGUUAGCAUUGGGGACGACUAAAUUCACUGCUCCCCGCGUCACAGCCUCCGGGCGCAUCCGCCCUCCUUGUAUCAUCCCCGCGGGCCAAACUGAUGUCGCUACCGCCACCAAGUCACCUCCCUCAAACGCUUCGGAGGACGCUCGCAACGCACGCGGCCUCUCGACUGACCGCUUGGGUACCCCUCCUGGGAUGUUCAUCGAUUUGGACGAGGUUUCGGACCACGAGCCGGGGUCAAUCCCCGCAACUCCUAGCGUGAAUAUGAACGGUGUGCCUGGCAGCCAAUCCAGCACGGACAUUGAGGUGUGGUUGGCCGAUCGGUUGCCUGCGCGCAAGAUGGCCCGCAGCCCCGGUGGCGGUGGGAUCACUGUUAGCCGUCUGGACUUCAAUACCAGUGGUGCAGGCCGGGCUGUGGCGGACACUUCGCCGACAAGGAAGAUACCUGGGUCCAAUGGGUCGGCGAGUGUGGCCUCAGCUGAAUUGAGUGGAAUUUUAUCUUUGGGGUUGGCCGUCCUGAUUCCCCCAACGAGAUCCCUCCCGCCUCUUAACGACUUGGGCCGCGCACUUGGAAUGGAAACGUUCCUGGACUUGUGUAACUUCAAGAGGGACGACAUGGUACCUCGGGUGUUGAUCAAAAUGGCACAUAUCAGGCAUUGGGAGUUUUUCUACAGGAACACCAAUGUCAUCCAACUGCAGCACAUGGGUUUCCCAUACCCGAUAGCCUCACAGCUCAUGAAUGGCGCCGAGUAUGUAGGUGCGACCCAUACCGAGAUCCCCACGGGCCCAGGCGACGACAAUCCGGCGAGCUACACCAAAUCCCAGGCAUCAGGGGAUGACCAACAUCCAGUCAAUCCCGAUCCCGUCGAUCACACGCCCAACGGAAAGGCCCCAGAAGAGGCUGGAAGACCGGAUUCUCCAGUGUACUAG